GAAGUCAUGCCGGGCAGUCCCGAGAACAUCGCCUUGGGCGAGUCUACGCUGUCUCAGUCCCGCGACCAGCUGACGCCGCCCAGCCGCACGGAGAGUACGGUGUUCAGCCUCUCCCGCAGCGAGUCGCUGUGGACGGCCGAGACGCCGCCGAGCCGCUACCGGGUCUUCUGGUUCCCCAUCCACUUCAUGUCGACGGGCGGCGGCUUCCUGGUGUGCGGCAUCAUCAUCAGCGGCCUCUACUUUGCCGGACACAGCCGCAAGGUCAGCAACAUUCUGGGUCCCGCCCUGCUCUCCAUCGGCCUCAUGGUGUUCGUGGUGGGCGUGGUGCUCAUCCCCAUCACCAAGGAGAACAGACGGCUCGCCUUGAAGAAGCCGCUCGCCUUCCAACGGCAUCCCGCCUUCAACAUAUGA